UAAAGUCUAAAAUCACCUUCGAUUUCUUUGCUUUCUUUUUCUACUUUAAGUUAUUAUAGCUAACAAGUAAAAGCUAAAGCAGGUUGAAGCAACAAACAGAUGACAACAUAGCUAGCCUCUUCUUAUUAGUUCAUUCUUUUAUUAAAUUAAGAGGAGUCAUAAAUUAAUUCAGAUUCAGAUAUUCAUCAUUAGAAGCAUGGGAACUUUAACGAAUGCUUUGGUUCCGUCUAAUCUCAAGCCUUCGCUCAGUGAGCAGCUAGACUCUGUUUUUCUUCCUCACAGAAAAGCACUAUGGAAGAAAAAGAACCAAUCCAUGUUUCCUGUGGCAAGGUUGUUUGGGCCAGCAAUAUUUGAAGCAUCGAAGUUGAAGGUGUUGUUCUUAGGAGUAGACGAAAAGAAACACCCUGCAAAUCUUCCAAGAACUUACACCCUCACACAUAGCGACAUAACCUCUAAGAUCACUCUUGCUAUCUCCCAAUCCAUUAACAACUCUCAGUUGCAAGGUUGGUACAACAAAUUGCAAAGAGAUGAAGUGGUGGCACAUUGGAGGAAGAUUAAAGGGAAAAUGUCUCUGCACGUUCAUUGUCACAUAAGUGGUGGUCAUUUUCUCCUUAAUCUAUGCGCUAGGUUUAGAUACUACAUCUUCUGCAAGGAGCUUCCUGUGGUACUGAAGGCGUUUGUUCAUGGAGAUGGGGAAUUGUUAAGGAACUACCCAGAACUGGAAGAUGCAGAGGUUUGGGUAUACUUCCACUCAAACAUUCCAGACUACAACAAGGUGGAAUGUUGGGGCCCACUGAAGGAUGCGUCUUCGGCUUCAACUGGGUCCCACACAACAAAUAGUAACGAGGGUACGCCACAAGAACCGUGCCAAGAGGAAUGUAAUUGUUGCUUCCCACCGUCUACUUCUACUAGCAAGAAUCGUAACCUUUCUUCAUGCUCUUCAUGUUCACAGCAUCAUCAUCAUAGUCAUCAUAAACGUGACCACGAUCAAACAUAUGACGAGUUUAGGGAUCAGCACAUCUUGUGAAGUAGCCUCAAAUGUUUUAGAACUAUCACUUCUUCCAUGUGCGUGUUCGUCACUUGGGAAAACCAAAAUUAAAUGAAUUAUUUAAUGUAAAUACAAAUUUGGUGUUAGUGCCUAUUUUUCCUUUUCUGAUUUAGGUUUGUGAACUGAUUCUGAACUAGGUUAAUGGUCAAAGUUAAAUCAGUUCCCAAGACAUUUUUUAAAUUAGUCUUUAUCUU